UUGAAUCAAGUCACAGAGCGUACGCUUGCUUUUGUUUGUUUGGGUGCUUUGUUUUCCAGUGAUAGUGCGAUUUUUUCAGAUAAAAAGGAUUCGUCCCGAUUUGUUCCUUUGAUAGAAUAGAUUUCAAGUGCGAAUAACCCACGUCUUGCCCUUUGUGUGAGUGACAUUAACAUUGAACUCAACCCACGCUUGUUGAUCGAGACAUAAGAAUUCCAAAAUGAAAGAUUUUCUAACGCUGUGGAACAGUUUGGUCGGGAAGACUUAUGACGCUGUCAACACAAACGCAAACCAAACCAGUGAAUGUCUGCAAAAAACAUUUACGCCGAAACAAAAGACAACAGGAAAAUUCAGGGGUGCCAUUACAAUAUCAAUUUUAGGAAUUCUCGGAUUAGUAGCGGGUUCGUUGAUAUUAGUAUACCAUCCAUAUGACCUCUUAUACAGAUGGAAACUGGUGUUUGGGGAAGGCGGGGAAAUCUUUGAACUGUGGAGGAAACCACCAGUUGAGCUCUACUUGAAAGUUUACCUCUGGAAUGUGACAAAUAAAGAGGAAUACAUGAGUGGAGAAGUUGACAUUUUACAGGUUCAAGAAGUAGGGCCAUAUGUGUACAGAGAACUUCUUUCACAUGAAAACGUGACAUUCAACGACAACGGCACGCUGACUGCUAACCCCAAACACCCCCUCGUUUGGGUGCCAGAGCUGUCAGGAGGUAGAAGAGAAGAUGACCUGCUGAUUUUGCCCAACAUUGCUUUAUUGAGCAUAGCAGACGUGGUCUCUGACAGCUCGUAUUUCACCAGAGUUGGGCUCAACAUCGUCAUAAGACGAACAAACUCGGAACCAUUGGUGCAGAUGACCGCUAGAGAGUUCAUGUUUGGGUACAGCAACACUCUGAUGACGCUCGGAAACAACUUCAUGCCUUCCUGGAUUUAUUUCGAUAAGCUGGGUCUCAUUGACCGGAUGUACGAGUUUAAUGGUGAUUACGAAACGGUGUACACGGGCGAAAAGCACGGCUUGAAAAAUAUCGGACUCAUUGAAAAAUAUAGCGGGUCCACGCGGAUCCCCCAAUGGGAAAGUCCUUGCGGUGACGUCACGGGAUCCUCAGACGGUACUAAAUUUCCAGGAUACAUCCAACCGAACGACACCCUCCUGUUCUUCAGGAAAAGCAUGUGCAGGGCCAAGGAACUGAUUAAAGUUGGCGAAACUGUGUUGAACGGCCUCAACGCUUACGUGUACCACUUCGACCCAGAAGCCGACGACAACGGCUACGUCCACGAGAAAAACAAAUGCUUCUGCAAAGGUCCCAGAAAAUGCCUGCCGCCCGGCCUUCUGGACGUCCGCGGGUGCUACUACGGAUUCCCGAUAGCCCUCAGUUACCCCCACUUUUUGGACGGGGAUGAAUCCCUGACAGCCAAAGUGAACGGCUCCCAGCCUGACCCGGAAAAGCACAAGUCCUUCUUUAUCAUUCAACCUGACUCAGGUCUUCCCCUUCAACUGGCCGCGCGGUUCCAAAUCAACAUGGCGCUGGGAAGUAUAGGGAAGAUGGCCAACUGUGAAAGAUUUGAGGAUAUGAUCCUGCCGUUGCUUUGGACAGAAAUAAGCCUACAGGAACUCCCUCCUAGUUUAAUUUUAAAAUUCCGUAUUUACCUCAACGUACUACCCAUCGGGGAAAAGAUGCUGACGUACGUCCUCCUGAUAGGUGGUGGAUUAUUCUUGUUAUACGCCCUGUAUAAAUUCCUCAAACUCAGAUUGACAAAGACCAAAUUUGAAUCCCCAUGGAUCGAAGACGACUUAGUUUUUAACCUAGACAGAAAGCUAAGUAACUACAUACCCGAGAAAAAGAACAGUUUAAAAAAUGCUAGGGAAAUGGAGGUGUUUCUAGAUAACUUAACAACACCGUUAGCUCGAGAUAUUCACGAAACCGUGUAAUCAGAAUGCACUUUUACUCGAAUUCUGAAAACUAGUACAAAUAAUUUAUACGAAUUAAAUUUGCUCACUAAUACAAUUUCCUAUAAAAAUUGAAACACAAAUCUUUGGUUCCGCCAAAAAUUUUAUUUGAAAAAAUUUUCUGACACUUUAAUCUUGCCUAAAGAAAGUGUAUAUUUUCUUAUUAGCUUUAUUUAUUCCCUUGACUGUUGAAAUGACAUUUUAUUUAUUAAGGAUUGGAGGUGUUGUCAAGUACACCUGGGGGAUUAGGAAUGUGUGGAUUUCCUGUAAAAAGUGUGACCAGAAUUUGCGGUGUAAAAUUUAGCCACACUUUGUAACGUCUCUUGUGAUAUUUCAGGCUACAUAACACGUUUUAGUGUUUGAUAUUUUUAUGAAAAUAGUUAGCGUAAUUAUCGAAAGUGUGAUAUCGUAGGGUAGAACUAUUUUAGAUUAUUUUUUUAGAUAAAUACUUGGUAUCAGAGUUUCCUAUGUAUGGCGGGUGUUUUACAUUUAGAAAUAUUAGAUUAAAUGCCAUUUUUUUUAUAUAUAAUAUGAAGAAUAGUGCCCACCUUAAGAGGGCUCUUUGGCAAAUAGGUAAACAGUAACACAUUUUUAUAGAUUUUAUUACAUAGUUUGUCUAAAUAUGAAUCAAUGCACAAAUAAUACACUUUCCUCCAUUC